CAGAACAGCAACCUAAAUAACUAUAACUAAUUGUUUGUUCAAAUAAAGUAAUUCUUGUUUAAAUGUAACUAUCUCUGGCAGUCAGUUCAGUUUGUAAUUAUUUAGUUUUAAGGUAACAUUGAAAGAAACUAUGGCAGGCAGGAACGUUGUGUACGAAUCUGUGCCCAAGGAUGAGAAGCGAGAAGAGCUUCAAAAACCACCGGAGCGUCCAAAAGGGUUAGGGAUACGGCACCUACAGACGGUAAUACUGUUCAUAUGCCUAACCAUUGCGUACACCAUCAGGUCACAACUCAGCGUCCUCAUGGUAGCUAUGGUCAGGGUACAGGACCCUCACUGCACACUCCCUGAUGGAACUCGGAAUAUUUCCGAAGGUUGUGUCGAUCCCAAUGCAAACAUCAGCAGGUGGAACAUUUAUCGCACAUAUGACUGGCACAAGUCGACUCAGGAGAUGAUAACUUUUUCCUUUUUCGUGGGGUACACCAGUAUGAUGAUCCCUAUGGGACUCUUGGCCCAGAAAUUUGGAGGAAAACUGCCAAUUAUGUUUGCUUUGGCUGUAAACGGGGUCAUUUCUAUUUGUACACCUUGGAUAGCUUUACUGGGAGGUUGGAUCGCCAUGUCAAUAAGCAGACUAGCGCUGGGGAUGACACAGGCAGCCAUGUAUCCUAGUAUUCACACCUUGCUGGCCAAGUGGGCACCACUUCGAGAAAGAGGCAGACUUAGCACUUAUAUUUAUACAGGUUCUCAAGCUGGCACAAUCAUUGCCUUUCAACUGUCAGGCCUCUUUGCUGGCAGUCCAAUCUUGGGCUGGCCUGUGUCUUUCUGGUUGUUCGGGAGUCUGAGCCUCCUCAGCUGUGCUCUCCUCGGUUGGCUUGGAGUCGCUAGUCCUCAUCAGCACCCGUCCAUCACAACCGAGGAACUUGCUUAUAUCAUGGAAGAUGGGGCCGUUGAUAUUGUGCCGAAGAAACGCAAGACUCCAUGGAAGCACAUCCUCACAUCGAAGCCUGUGUGGGGUCUGAUAGUGUCCCACGCAGGCAGCGCCGCCAGCUACUUGCUCAUCCUCACCGAGAUCCCCCUCUACAUGAACCACAUCUUACACGUUGAUCUCAAGAGGAACGGUUUAUAUUCAUCACUUCCCUAUAUUGCAUUAUACCUUUUGGCAUUGGUGUUCGGCUAUGCAGCUGACUUCGCGGCCAAUAGGAAAAUUAUGUCGGUCGUUAAUAUCAGGAGGACCGCUAACAGCAUCGCUAUGGCUGGUUCAGGAGUAUUUUUGUUCGCGUUCAGCUUUAUAAAUGACACGACAUGGGCUGUGCUGGUACUCAUGAUAGCGCACGGUCUACACGCUGGUAUCCAUGUUGGUUUUCAUAUAAACCAAAUAGACUUGGCGCCGAACUUCGCAGGACCAGUUAUGGCUCUAGGCAAUAUGAUUGCCAACCUGACCAGUCUCCUCGUACCGGUGAUCGUGUCCAAUAUUGUGAGAGACGACGUGACGGACCACCGUAAAUGGCAGUAUGUUUUCAUGAUCUUCGUGGCUAUCAUGAUCAUCUCCAACGGCAUAUUCGUCUGGUUUGCUAAGGGGACUGUGCAGCCAUGGAACUUCUAUGGUGAAGACGAAACACAAAAUGGAAAGGAGCUAAACGGAUUAGAAGAUAGAACAACGACCAACGGCAAGGAGACCCAGAGAGCAGUGACAAGAGAUUAAUACUGAUAUUAGAAGUAAUAGUCAUGUAAAUAAAUUGUUUUAAACUAA